AUGAGUGAUGCAAUACCAGCUUCUACUGAAUGGUUACAAUACUAUCAACUACCGCCGCCUAGCUAUGAGGUACUGCCAGACGGACUCUCCAAUAACACUGUGGUGACCACAACCCCCAGUACCACCAAAGACUUCAUGUUGAGCCCAAACACUUCAAUUACAAGGGGUGGUGAUUUGAGCCAUAGGGCUUGCAUACGCAAACCAAUCCAAAUGCGGUCUAGAGCUUCUAGGAGGACACCCGCAAACG